GAGAAUGGGGAGGAGACAGGAAAGGAGGAACACAGAGAAUAAAUUAGGAGUCGUUUUGUAAGCCGUGCAUUCACCCUGAGGUAUCUUACUCAGAAAGAGCAGGAGACACCGAAACCGUGCACGGGCGGAUUAAAUAUCCGUAGAAUAAAGACCUGGCCCCAUUCGGAGGGUUCUGUACAGGCCGGUGGCAAACUGGUAUGCGACAGAAACGGUGACGAGAUCCAACCAACAUUGAAACCUCCGCUGCAAUUAAUAAGAUGGAGCUGCCACCUCGACCAAAACUCUUUGACUUCCAUGGAGUCUCCAUGACCAACUACUUCACCGGCAACUGGGACAAUGUACAGAACUUCCAGGCCAGACCAGAUGACAUUCUCAUCGCUACCUACCCCAAAGCAGGAACCACAUGGGUCUCCUACAUUCUAGACCUGCUGUAUUUUGGACAGACAGCCCCUGAGCGUCAGAGACCCAUCUUUGAGAAAGUUCCUUUUCUGGAGUUGCUCAUUCCUCUUUACCCUCCAGGGGUGGAGGUGCUGGACAAACUAACCACCUCUCCUCGCCUCAUCAAGAGUCACCUCCCAAUCCAGUUGCUGCCCAAGUCCUUCUGGGAGCAGAACUGCAGGAUAGUGUAUGUGGCCCGUAAUGCCAAGGACAGUGCUGUGUCUUAUUUCCACUUUGACCGCAUGAACAGGACACAGCCAGAGCCAGGAGUCUGGAACAACUACUUACAGAGAUUCAUGGAUGGAAAGAUGGUGUUUGGUUCGUGGUACGACCAUGUGACUGGCUGGUGGGAGAAGAAACUGACUCACUCAAAAAUCCUCUACCUCUUCUAUGAGGACAUGGUUGAGGAUACAGGGAGAGAGCUGGACAGGCUGUGCUCCUUCCUGGGUUUGUCUCCUUCAGCAGAGGAGGAGGAGUGGGUGAGAGGACGAGUGCAGUUUGAUAAUAUGAAGAAGAACAGCAUGGCCAACUAUUCCACCCUCCCAAUCAUGGAUUUCAAGAUCUCUCCAUUCAUGCGAAAAGGAAAGGUUGGUGACUGGAAGAACCAUUUCACUGUAGCCCAGAAUGAACAGUUUGAUGAAGACUAUAAGAAGAAGAUGAAGAACACCAGCGUACUGUUCCGCACUGUAGUUUAGGAGUUGUGGUCAAGUUGAUUGUCUGAUUGUUUGCGGUCAGGUUGAUUGAUUGUUUAUUUGGCGCAUAUGGACCUACGAUAGGCUUGGCUGGGAGAAUAGAAUGGAGAACAGCAUUAUUAAGCAUCAAACAUUGUUUUAUGCUGUUUCAAAAAUAUACAUACUUUGAAACUGUAACAAUUCCUAUUUGUAUACAGUAUGACUAAAUGUAAUACAUUGAUGUUUGUUUGAUUGUAUUUAUUUUUACAGGGACAGUGCACAUUAGUCAACGUUUGAGUAAAAGUUCUGGUUUUAGCCAGCCGGCUAAUUUUCAACCGUAGUCCCUGGGCAGGUUAUUAAACACAAUUACAAUACAUACAAUCAAUGAGCAGUAAGCACACGCAGAGCAACAUAGGACAAACAAGACGAAAAAGCAACCAGACAAAAUCCAUAGAAGCAACAAAGUGUUUCCACACCUCACAAGCUACAGACAACAGCCAAAAUGGAAAGCGGCAAUACACAGCUUGUCACGGCCGUCGUUAAAGAAAGACCAAUGUGCAGCGUGGUGAGCAUACUUUUUCUUUUGUAAAACAUCGUCAUCAACAAAACAAGAAAUAACAAAAACGACCGUGACGCUUACAAGGGCAAUAGUGCCACUAACUCAAGUCAACUUCCCACAAAUAACAAAAGGAAAAAAGGCUACCUAAGUAUGAUUCCCAAUCAGAGACAACGAAUGACAGCUGUCCCUGAUUGAGAACCAUACCCGGCCAAAACAAAGAAAUACAAAAACAUAGAAAAUGGAACAUAGAAUGCCCACCCAAAUCACACCCUGACAAAACCAAAAUAGAGACAUAAAAAUCUCUCUGAUGUCAGGGCGUGACACACCUAGGGAUUAUGUUCACAAAUCUGAUUGACCUUUAGCCAUGUCUUCAUGUUUUUUUGUGAAAGUGUGAUAGGUGAGAGUCCAUACAGUAACAAAUAUGUAAAUGGAGAAGAGCAUUAUUAAGCAUCAGGCAUUGUUUUAUUCUGUUUCAAAAAUAUACAUACUUUGAAACUGUAACAAUUCCUACUCGUAUACAGUAUGACAAAACACAAUACAUUGAUGUUCAUGUACUUGUACUUAAAAUAUUAUGAAAUGUCCAUAUGACCCAAAGUGGUCAAAGAGCCAGUAAUUUGCACAUACACACACACCCUCCACGUUUCACAGCUGUCUCAGCUGUAUGUUCACUACGCCUGACACUUGCACUGUAACAAGGGGGAUGGGGCUGUUGUUCACCUGAAGUGCUUCUACUGUUUGGAAUGAUAGAAAAUUACACUUUGUAUCUUCCAACCUACUUUAUUCAAUUUGCCUGAAAUCAAAUAAUGUAUUUUUUAGAUCAGUAUGAUUUUUUCAAACUUAAUGAAAGCUUCUAAGUUGCUUUCAACAACUCAUGUGCAUGCACAUUGAAUGGCGGCAGGGGCAAUGUAGUGGUGACAACUCAGAAAAGUUGGAGGUGUGGCUAAUGGGGACUAUUUUUCCACACGAGAGAGUGAAUGUCAUUCCAGUUAAUGUGGUCUAUUGUAUUUGAUGUUAAAUGUUAAACUUCUACACUGCCAGCAUCUGUAAUGAUACUUAAAUAAAUGCAUGUGGUACUAAA